UCCAAACUGCACAGAAUUUUAGCUAGAGAUUCUUCCAAACCCCUGCAAACCCCCAACAACCCACCCCUGAUAUAAGCUCCAUAAUGACAUCUAGCUGACCAUUAUUGGGGGGAAAAGUAAAGUGAAUUAUAUGACUUGAUUCAAAAGAUGCUUGUCUCUUAGUAGUUUCAUUUAAACUCCAAACAAGCCCUAUAAGAAAAGUAUGGAUUAGAUGUCCUCGUGAAAACUAUCAGUAACAUUAUUAUGAUAUAGAACAUCUGUCCCCAACUGAUGCAUUCCAGAUAAAUUAGACAACAAUUCCCAUAACUACAAAGCAUUAUUUUAAUUAAUGAAUUAAUUCAUAUCAUGUUUAUAAAUAUUAUUUUUAUAAAUAACUCAAGGCAGCAAGCAGAUGUAAUAUUCCUUUCUCUUCCUAUGUUCCCCACAACAACCCUCUGAGACGGGUAGGGCCAAGGUCACCAACCAGUUUUCAUGCCUAAGAAAGGGCUAGAACUCACAAUCUCCCAGUUUUUCGCCUGGUGCCUUAACCACGUUAUGAUUGGGUAGUCAUGGAAGCAGUUAUGGGAAGAGGAGGGAGAUAUAUGUGGAGCGGAAUUUAUUUAUUCGAAAGACACCUCGUUUCUUUUGAUUCACUCCCAGUGGAAAGGUUGAAACGACCGAAGUUGAUGGGUUUGCUGAUCUGAAGGAUCAGACAUUACUCUGCUAAAAGAAAUUAACCAAGAUGAAUUGGUCUGGUUUGGAAGACCUCUUGGGAGGAGUGAACAAAUACUCCACAGCGUUUGGGCGUAUUUGGCUCUCGGUUGUCUUCAUCUUUCGGCUUCUAGUCUACUUAGUGGCAGCAGAGAAAGUCUGGGGAGAUGACAGUAAGGACUUUGACUGCAACACUGAGCAGCCAGGUUGUCCCAAUGUCUGCUAUGACCAUUACUUUCCAAUCUCUCACAUCCGACUCUGGGCCCUGCAACUCAUCCUUGUCACUUGUCCUUCCCUGUUGGUUGUUAUGCAUGUAGCCUAUCGGCAAGCCAAACUGAAGAAACGUUUACAGAAAUGUGGGGAGCACUUCAGACCACGUUACCCUCCAGGCAAGAAGCGUGGAGGGUUAUGGUGGACCUACCUCUUCAGUCUUCUCUUCAAAGCUGUGGUGGACAUUGUGUUCCUGUUUAUCUUUUACCACGUGUACCCAAACUACAAGCUUCCUCUUCUAGUCAAAUGCUCUCACUCACCUUGCCCUAACCUAGUUGACUGCUACAUAGCCAGGCCAACCGAAAAGAACAUCUUCACUCUGUUCAUGAUUAUUACUGCCUGUGUUUGUAUCAUGCUUAGCCUCCUGGAAGCUUUCUAUCUCAUUGGGAAAAGAUGUAAGGAGAGCAUUCAAGACCGAAGUGAAAGUCGCACCAGAGCGAGUGGAGAAGUACACUUUAUCAAAAGAGACAACUGCUCCCUGUCCCCAAGUAAACAGGACACCACCGAAAUAGAUGGGCAGGUUUUCCACGGGUCAGAUUAUAAGCCAGUCACUUCACCUCUCAUAAGCAACUCCCAAUGUGGAGAACCUUCAAAACUUGGGAAGCUGGAAUAAAAUACACACCCAUGGAAAAAGAAGAGCUUGGGCGCCAUCCAUAUUGCUCCAUUCCAAUACCAAUUCUACUUUCCCUUAAGCUGGAAAUGUGAGAAGUGUGAGAAAUGGUGGCAGUUAUAGGGGAUUAGGAAAAAGAACGUUCAACUAGCUCUGUUUGUUCAGGUUUCAAUAGCUACUGUAUUUUGCCAUGUAAUCCGCUCUGGGUUUAUGUUCCAACUAGGCAGCCAUGCCCUUCUUCAGGGUGGCCCAUUACAAUCCCCUCUGCCUUUCUGAUAUUUUUUUUUAACAGCAUCACUCGUACUUAGCUAGGGUAAAAUCUACUUACCUUCCCUAUCCGUUCGGAAGUGUGCGAGGCACACCCGCUCUUACUCUGCUUGCACACAUGCGCACCUCACAUGUGGUUUUGGACCCUCUGUGCAUGCGCAAAGCCUUCUGUGCAUGCACAGAGGGUAAAAAACAGGUUACUUCCUGGUUAAAACCAGGAAGUAACGAUGUCUGGGCAGGUGGGCGGAGCCUCACACUGCCGACACUACCGGUUCUCCGAACCACCCGCUACCUCCGCUACUGGUUCACCCAAACCGGUGCGAACCGGUAGCAUUUCACCCUUAUACUUAGCCCUCAUGAGUUUAGUGUUUUCUUCCCCAUCCAAACACCAAACUUCCCCAGCUUCAAAACAUUGCGGCUCUGGAAACCUAAGAAUUCUAGUGUCUGCUGACUCUUCUGCAAGGGGUUGAUGGUUCUUCUAUCCAAGCAUGGUUCUUCUUUCCAGGAGAGAGAGGGGGGGUCUUCAGUUGCCAUAUUCAUUUAUUUUGAACGGAAGGCACCCAAAUUAUUUGUCAAUAAUACAUUGUUCUUUGUUCACUUUCUAACCCAAUCUAAUUUUUAAAAUCAUCUCACUGUCAAGGAAGAUAAUUUGGUGAAACCGGUAUUGAGAUGGUUUUUCAAUCAAGAGAACUUGGAGAUGUAAAAUAAAACUUAAGACAUGGUGGCUAACAGAGGAAAGGCAAUGCACUGUGUCCUAACCCCAAUGAAGCAAUAAAGUUCCUAGCUUGAAAAAUUUGUGUUUUCAUUUGCAGGAGCCAAGUAUGGCAAAGAAGAUGAUGCAUAUGGUUUGGUGGUCUGCCAUCAAUUCUGACAUUCAGCUUGAUGGUCUAUGAGUUGUCAAGAGUGAAUCUAGGCACAAAACAAGGCAUAUUAUUAAUAAUUGAAAAUCAAAUUUUGGAUAAUAAAAAUCAGUCUGAUAUCAAUGAGAUCAUUUAACAUGUAGCUCCCUUUUUCUCUUGGUUUACUGGAAGCCAUUUCCCAAAAUUUCAUAGGAGUCGUCACCAACUAGAUUUGGAGAUCACAGGGUUAAACUUUAAGAUUAUUGGCAUAGCAAACCAUUAACCUCAAUUCCUCACUUUCUUCCUGUUAUGCUUUCUGGGUUAGGAGAUUGGUGCUAGGCAUGCAAUAGAUGAGAAAUAUCACAAUGAUCUGUUACAGCCUUGCGUAAGUUCCAUACCUCAAUGCCAACUGGUCAUCUCUGUUUUAAGUCCUGAUUUUCUCGUUGAUCGACAAUUUAGCUUGACUGAAACUCUACAAGCCACGGCAAACCCACCCCUCCUCUGCAUUGGCACACUCCAGUAGUUAAUUACGUGUUAUUGAUGGGUUAAUUGUUAUUAAUUAUAUGUCACAUGUUUUCUGAUUCAUUUCUCCACGUAUGAUCUAACAGAAUAUUGAGAAACUGUUUACCACUGACCUAAAUUCUCUCUUUCUCAAUUACAAAGUUGCCCAGGGAAACCUCUGGAAUAGUUUGUUUGAUUUGGAGAAAAGGAGAAAAUAUACAUUUUAGAAAUAAAAUAAACUGAGAUUUCCCCCCCAAAAAAAAUAGAAAUGGCUAUCCAUCUUUUGAACCAAGAACAUUUAAUUUAGUUUACUAAUUUCAAAAUAAAUCACCUCACUUAUCUGUAAAAUACGUAAGACACCAUGUGUGAGGCCUACAAACUUAAGUCAACCCAUUUGUUCAUCUAGCUCAGUGGUUCUCAACCUUUAUAGUGCUGCGACCCCUUUAAUACAAUUCCCCAUGAUGUGGAGACCCCUUUAAUACAAUUCCCCACGAUGUGGCGACCCCCAACCGUAAAAUUAUUUUCGUUUUGAAUUUAUCGCGCUUGAAGCCGUAUUGGCUAGCGAUCUGAACUGCUUGCGAUUGCCUUGAGGACGGAGUCAUUAAAGCGGAGACUCCUCCCCUAUUAAGUUUAUCGCGCCUGAAGCCAGAUUAGGCUAGCGAUUGGGAGUGAUUGCAGCUGGCUUGAGAGGGAGACAUCAGAGCAAAGAUUUCUCUCUUUUUUAAUUCAUCGCUCCUGAAGCUGAAUUUGGCUAGCGAUUUGAAGAGCCUGCAGCUGGCUUGUGUAGUCAACCAUUGGAGCGCGAUUCUUCAACUCGCAAGUAUACUUCCCAUAUUUCCGAUGGUCUUAGGCGACCCCUGGCAAAUCGUCAUUCGACCCCCAAUGGGGUCCCGACCCACAGGUUGAGAACCGCUGAUCUAGCUCAAGAUUUUAGUUGCUUACUGGCAGCAGCUGUCUAUGAUCUCAGGGCAGACUAUUUCCAAUUUUUGAUCAAGAUUUCAGGAAGUGAACUUUUGAUCUUCUGCACAGACAACUGUGUUAUAUUGACGUACACCAAUUGUUAUUCUACCUAAUUCUCAGGGUUUCAGACUGAAAUCUUUCUUAGAAAUUCACGGAGAAUUCAGAAAUCUGGAUGCCUUACUUGUGAAGAACAAAUCUCUGUGCUGCUGCACUUUUUGUUCUAUAGUUGAUUUAAUCAGAAUUUCAGUUAGUUUUUUGAGGAGCAGUUGUAAUUAUAAUGGCUACAUUUACAUACUUGAACACUUUUAGUAUUUAAUGUAAUGAUGUAGACAAUGAUAAAUAAAAAUGCUGAAGUUGGCUAACUACAA